AUGAAUCAAAUUAUUGCUCUAUUUGGUCUGGCGGUGAUCGCCGGGAUCGUUUCUGCGGGCCACAUCGAAGAAGACCAUGGAAGCUCCACCUACGAGGAAAAGACGAAACCAGUAGAAAUCCCAAUUUACAAAAAAUAUGCAAUUCCAAUCCCUCAUCCUGUACCAGUCGAAAUUCCUCAAAAGAUAGAGAUACCAAUUCCUCAACCUCAACAAGUUCCCGUUGAAAUUCCACACCCCUAUCCAGUCGAAGUUGUGAAACACGUCGAAAUCCCUAUCGAAAAGCCAGAGCCUGUUAUCGUAGAGAAACACAUACCUUUUGUGGUGGAGAAGCCGUAUCCAGUGUACGUCGAAAAGAAAUUUCCCAUUCCAGUCGCAAAGCCGUAUCCAGUUCAUGUGCCAGUUUACAAGCACGUAUUCCAUUACACUUCAAAGGGCAAAGGAUGGCACUAGACUGAUUCGCUCGCUACUGAACACUCGGGAAUUGUUCUUCCUGCGACUGAUCGUUUUACGGGAGAGCUUCUUGUCACCUGAUAUCUAAACUUAUUUAAUUCAACGAACAUACUGUUCAUCGUUUCGAUUACUGUGAAACAAAUAUCAAGAAAAAGAGACACGAUAUUCGGAUCUCAACACUGAU